GCUGUGUUGUCUGGGUUUUCCCCUACCCAAGGGGGGGGUUGCGCAAACCCGCGUCAGCCGUCGCCUUGGGCAAUAGCCUGGGGGGUUGGGGGGGGGGUGUUGGGGCUGCUCCUGUGGGAACCAACCCUAAAUUUCACCCCUAUCCCCCCCCCAAUCACAUUGUGAAUGGGGUCCUCAUGCUGUGGCUGUGCCAUUGGGGCUCUUUGGGCCCUCCUCACUGUAAUCAGACAGCCCUUGUUUUCUCCCCCCCUCUCCCCCCUCCACGUUCCUGGGUGUAAAGGACGUGACCAGCACCAUGUCGGUGUCAUACUCCACCUGUACUCAGUGUCCCAUGGGGGUCACCUCCUUUAUCCUUGUCACUUAUGGGAACGGGAUAAGACCAUGCCAAGAAGGUGGGGGGGAUCCCCCUGCAGGCUCCCUCCAUCCCCAUCAUCCUGCCAGCAGUGGGGGUGACUCACUGGGUGGAGCAAGCCCCAAAAAUGGGGCAAAAACCACAAAAAUCUACCUCACUUUCACUGACUGUGAUGCAAGUUGAGGUGNGGGGGGGGUAGCGUGGUGGCCACAGUGAUGGGUUUGGGGGCACUGUGAUGGGUUUGGGGCCACAGUGAUGGGUUUGGGGGCACUGUGAUGGGUUUGGGGCCACAGUGAUGGGUUUGGGGGCACUGUGAUGGGUUUGGGGCCACUGUGAUGGGUUUGGGGCCACUGUGAUGGGUUUGGGGCCACCGUGGCAGGUUUGGGGCCACCGUGGCAGGUUUGGGGCCACAGUGACAGGUUUGGGGCCACUGUGGCGGUGCUGAGGCCUGUUGGUGCCGUGGUGCCCCAGGACCGGCUGGGCCGGUUGUGCCGAGGCAUGGGGCCCACCCGCAGGCCGCAGUUGGGCCCAGCCCAGGGGUGCAGGCCUCAGUGGGUGCCCACAGCCCCCCCCGGUCCCCCCUUUCCCCCCCCUCCGGCCCCGCUGCGACGUCAGGCCGUGACUCAGCCUCGGGAUGAGGCCCCGCACCGCCCCGGCUCUUCAUAAGGCAGCAGAACCUCCGGCAGCUCCACAGCGCCCGACACCAUGGCCGCCCUCGGCCUCCUCCUCCUCCUCCUCGGCACCGCCGUGGCAAACCUGAAUCCCCAGCAUGAGCAACUGAUCCAGCAAUCCCACGAGAUCCAGCAGUUGCAGCAGGAGGAGGACUUCCAUCUGUCCCCCAACAUCAUCGCAUCAGCGGGGGCUGAUGACAUCCCGUACCCACGGGCGCCGUCACCCACCUCCACCUGGGGCAGCAUCCUGGAGGGUUUCCCCCCAGCUUGGCCCCUGCCUGAUGCCCUCAGCCGUUACUGCCGCAGCCCCUCGCUGGUACCCCGUGCCCCCCGGCCCUCGUUGCCCCCUGCUUCCUUCGCCCACCUCCGCAGGCAGGUGGCUGCACUCGACAGCUUCUGGCCUCGCCUGGACCGCUGCUGUCAGCAUCACGCCCCGCUGCCCUGUGCCCGGCGGGCGUGGACCGACGUCUUGGACACGUUCUGCGAGGAUGAAUUUGGGGUGAAAACACGGCAGUUCCAUUGCUGUCACCGACACGGGGCUGCGCGACGCCGCUGCUUCGUCGACGCCACCGUGUCCACCACCGAGAUCACCGAGAUCACUGAGAUCACCGUCUUUGAGCCCGUCCUCGUGCCAUCCUUCCCCCCCGGCGAGCCCAACGUGGCCAACAUGGAGAACAUCUGCCUCCUGCGGGGGCUGCGGCCCAGUCCCAAAGGCCUCCCUGCACCCCGGGCCCGGUUCCACAGCCGGCUGGAGCGUGACUUUGGUCGCUGCUGCCACAACAGCAGCCUGGAGUGCGCCCACACUGCCUGGUUGAGGGGGUUGGAGCGCUUCUGUCGGGAGGAGGGGGCUGUGAAGACCCGGCAGCACCGCUGCUGCAGGAGGGGGGUGGGCUAUGCCAGGAGCCGCUGCUUCGCCACCUCCGCCCCCCACCCUGACUAUGACCAGGAGCUUCACAACAUCAGCCUGGCCCGACCCGGCCCUGCCAUGCUACGCACCCUCUGCGGACCCAUCCGGCUGCUCAGCAAGCGACGCCCUGUGCCAGAGCUGCUGGAAGCUGUGACCUCCACGUGCUGCGCGCUGCCCCACGACGAGAGGAGCCCCUGUGCCGAGGAGCAGGGGCAAUGGGGGGUCGAGGGGGUGGGCAUGGAGGGGGGGGUUCAACACUCCUGA